UUCCCCACAGUCGUCCCGAGCUCCCUCCGGCUGCUGCUGCUUUCCCCUUCCCUCACACAUCCAAAUCCUUCCAAAUCCCGUGCAAAAGCCGGGAUCUUUUUCAAUUUAGCACUAGCGCUACAUGAGAUCAUGAGCUCCGAGGACUCGCUCAAGUCGCUGUCGCUCGACUACCUCAACCUGCUCAUCAACGGCCAGGCCUUCAGCGACGUGGCCUUCAGCGUCGAGGGCCGCCUCGUGCACGCGCACCGCUGCGUGCUCGCCGCCAGGAGCCUCUUCUUCAGGAAGCUCUUCUGCGGCCUCGACCCCAGCCACCAGCCGCCACCGCCGCCGCUCAACUGGCCCACCUCGGCAGGAGCGGGAGGCGGAGGCGGAGGCUCACGUGGCGGCGGUGGCGGCAGCGGGGGCGCCCCGGCCGCGCCGGAGCUCGUCAUCCCCGUCAGCUCCAUCCGCUACGAGGUUCUGGUGCUGGUGCUGCAGUUCCUUUACAGCGGCCAAGCUUCUGUGGCGGCGCCCAAGAGCGGGCCGCUCCCAGGCUGCGGUGCGAGAGGAUGCUGGCACACCCGCUGUGGCGCCGCCGUCGACCUGGCCCUCGACACCCUCGCCGCCGCGCGCUCCUUCGGCGUCGAGCAGCUCGCCCUGCUGGUCCAGGUGGGGGAACAAAAAACCAUAAUUGAUUUGAUGCAGAAGCAAUUGGAGAGCAUGGUGAAGGAGGCGUCCGUGGACGACGUGAUGAAGGUCCUCAUGGCGUCUCGCAAGUUCGAGAUGCAGGAGCUCUGGGCCACCUGCUCCCACCUCGUCGCGCGCUCAGGCCUCUCCGCCGACCUCCUCGCCAAGCACCUCCCCAUCGACGUCGUCGCCAAGAUCGAGGAGAUCCGCGCCAAGUCGCCGCUCAACUCCGGAGGGGGCGCCUCCGCGCCGCGCUCGCCCUUCCUCACCCACCACUACCUGCCCAUCAACAACGCGCCGUCCUCCGCCGCCGACCGCGACCACAAGAUCCGGCGCAUGCGGCGUGCCCUCGACGCGGCCGACAUCGAGCUCGUCAAGCUCAUGGUCAUGGGCGAGGGGCUCGACCUCGACGACGCGCUGGCCGUGCACUACGCCGUGCAGAACUGCAACCGCGACGUCGUCAAGGCGCUCCUCGAGCUGGGCGCCGCCGACGUCAACUCCCGCGCUGGCCCGACGGGGAAGACCCCGCUACACCUGGCUGCGGAGAUGGUGUCGCCCGACAUGGUAUCUGUGCUCCUCGACCACCAUGCUGACCCCAAUGCCAGGACGCUCGACGGCGUCACCCCGCUGGACGUGCUCCGGGGACUCACCUCGGAGUUCCUCUUCAAGGGCGCCGUGCCGGGGCUCACCCACAUUGAGCCCAACAAGCUCAGGCUGUGCCUUGAGCUCGUGCAGUCAGCGGUCAUGGUAACAACGCGCGACGACGGCGGGGGUGGCGAUGGCGGCGGUGCUGGUGGAAGCGACGGCGGGAAUUUUGCUCGUGCUGACGCCGACGACAGCCUGGUGAGCCUCACCAUGAACUCCACGCUCAUGUACCAGGGCCAGGAGAUGGCAGCGCCGUCGGUGGCUGGCGAGGCUAGGAAUAAAGGAAACAACAACGGCCGCGCGAGCCCCUCCACCUUGUACUUCCCCAAUGGCUUCCCGUGAUUGUCAUCAACAGCUCCGGCCGUGUCAGUCUAGCUCGUCCUUCCUGUCACAGAUAUCUCCAUCGUCUUCCUCAAGCUCAAUCGAUGUGU